GGGUCCUUUCUGGCUCGGUGGCGCUCGGGGCCUGCGGGAGCGAACGGCCGCGAAGGGCUCUGGGAGGGGCCGGGCGACAGUGGCGAGCGCUCUGUGUGCCCGGUAACCCGACCUCCUCGUCCUUAGUAAGAUGAGCGAGGCGGACCAGGCCCGAGUGGGGCCCAAGGCCGACGAGCCCUCGCCGCCCGCAGAGGAGAAGGACGAAGGGGGCGGGAAGGAGGCGGCUGCCGACGCGGCCCCCGGGCCCAGCGCCUCGUUCCGCCUCAUGGUGACUCGGCGGGAGCCUGCCGUGAAGCUGCAGUACGCGGUGAGCGGGUUGGAGCCGCUAUCCUGGUCUGAGGACCACCGCGUGUCUGUGUCCACGGCUCGCAGCAUCGCCGUGCUGGAGCUUAUCUGCGAUGUGCACAACCCAGGCCAGGAUCUCGUGAUCCACCGCACCUCGGUACCCGCACCUCUUAACAGCUGCCUCCUCAAGGUUGGCUCAAAAACAGAAGUUGCUGAGUGCAAGGAAAAGUUUGCUUCCUCUAAAGACCCCACCAUCAGCCAGACCUUCAUGCUGGACAGGAUGUUCAACCCUGAGGGGAAGGCAUUACCCCCAAUGCGGGGUUUCAAAUACACUAGCUGGUCUCCCAUGGGCUGUGAUGCCAAUGGCAGGUGCCUCUUGGCAGCACUGACCAUGGACAACCGCCUGACUGUGCAGGUGAACCUCAACAGACUCCAAUGGGUUCAGCUGGUUGAUCUGACUGAGAUUUAUGGAGACCGUCUUUAUGAGACUAGUUACAGACUGUCUAAAAAUGAGGCUCCUGAGGGAAAUCUAGGGGAUUUUGCUGAGUUUCAGAGGAGACACAGCAUGCAGACCCCAGUCAGAAUGGAAUGGUCGAGUAUCUGUACUACUCAGCAAGUCAAGCACAACAACGAGUGCCGGGAUGUGAGCAGCGUGCUGCUGGCUGUCCUCUUUGAGAACGGGAAUAUAGCUGUGUGGCAGUUCCAGCUGCCAUUUGUGGGGAAGGAGUCCAUCUCUUCGUGCAACACUAUUGAGUCGGGAAUCAGCUCCCCCAGUGUUUUGUUUUGGUGGGAAUAUGAGCACAAUAAUAGGAAAAUGAGUGGCCUUAUUGUGGGCAGUGCUUUUGGACCUGUAAAAAUUCUCCCUGUCAAUCUCAAAGCAGUCAAAGGCUAUUUUACUUUAAGGCAGCCUGUUGUCUUAUGGAAAGAAAUGGACAAGUUGCCUGUGCACAGCAUCAAAUGUGUGCCACUUUAUCAUCCUUACCAGAAGUGUAGCUGUAGCUUAGUGGUCGCUGCAAGAGGCUCCUAUGUGUUCUGGUGUCUUCUUCUGAUCUCCAAGGCAGGUCUGAAUGUUCACAAUUCCCAUGUCACAGGCCUUCACUCACUGCCCAUCGUCUCCAUUACGGCAGACAAGCAGAAUGGCACCGUGUACACCUGCUCUAGUGACGGCAAAGUGAGGCAGUUGAUCCCCAUUUUCACAGAUGUUGCAUUAAAGUUUGAACACCAGCUGAUUAAGCUCUCGGAUGUAUUUGGCUCUGUGAGGACUCAUGGCAUUGCGGUGAGUCCCUGUGGUGCUUAUCUGGCCAUCAUCACCACUGAGGGCAUGAUCAAUGGCCUCCAUCCUGUGAACAAGAACUACCAGGUCCAGUUUGUUACUCUCAAGACCUUUGAAGAGGCAGCUGCUCAGCUCUUGGAGUCUUCAGUUCAGAAUCUCUUUAAGCAAGUGGACUUGAUUGACCUAGUCCGCUGGAAAAUUUUAAAAGAUAAACAUAUUCCUCAGUUUUUACAUGAAGCUUUGGAAAAAAAGAUCGAAAGCAGUGGGGUUACCUACUUUUGGCGUUUUAAGCUUUUCCUUCUAAGGAUUUUAUAUCAGUCAAUGCAGAAAUCCCCUUCCGAAGCCUUAUGGAAACCCACCCAUGAAGACUCAAAAAUCUUACUGGUUGACUCACCUGGGAUGGGCGACGGUGAAGAUGAGCAGCAAGAGGAAGGCUCUUCCAAGCAAGGGACUAAGACUGGUCUGCAGGAGAAGAGCAAGGAGGGGGAUCCGGAGGAGACCCCUGAGGACCCACUCACUGCCACAGGAGAUGCUGGAGGCCGUGAACCCAUAGAGGAAAAGCUCCUCGAGAUCCAAGGGAAGAUUGAGGCUGUAGAGAUGCACCUGACCAGGGAGCACAUGAAGCGGGUCCUCGGAGAAGUGUACCUGCACACCUGGAUCACAGAGAACACCAGCAUACCCACCAGAGGGCUCUGUAACUUUCUGAUGUCUGAUGAGGACUAUGAUGACAGAACAGCACAGGUCUUGAUUGGACAUAUCUCCAAGAAGAUGAACAAGCAGACCUUCCCUGAGCGCUGCAGUCUGUGUAAGGAGAUCUUACCAUUCACAGAUCGAAAGCAAGCUGUUUGUUCCAAUGGGCACAUCUGGCUCCGGUGCUUUCUAACCUACCAGUCCUGCCAGAGCUUGAUAUACAGACGGUGUUUGCUCCAUGACAGCAUCGCCAGGCAUCCUGUUCCAGAAGAUCCUGACUGGAUUAAGAGGUUGCUGCAGAGCCCUUGUCCAUUCUGUGAUUCUCCUGUCUUCUGAGUUGAGUGAGGAGGAUGGAGAAUAUGAAGUUGGCUAUAGAGACGCCCUGAAGCCUGAAGGGCAGGUGUGCUGGCGGGAGCCAGUGCUGCUCUUGGAGAGACACUCUUCUGCUGGAAGGAGGGAGUCAUCCCAGGAGCUUAUUCACCAGCACGCUCCAUUUUCAAGGACUGAAGGCUAUCUUUCAAAUGACUAAAUUCAGAGAGUUUGAGUCAUUUAAAGGGGAACAGUAGCCAUCCCCAGCUCCUCACCAGUGAGGACCACUUGUUUUCCAAGUGUCUUGCCUAAAGCAGUUUGAGCAGAAGCCUUCUGCUUCUAGAAACAUAAUGGUCUCUUCUAGAGAAUCUAAGGACCUUCUUGUGAGUUAGGUUUUCGUCCUUGCCUUUGUCUGGGACUGCCUGUGUUGCUCCAGAGGGCUGAGAUUGGUUGGUACGUGACACUGCGUGUGCCAGUACACCUUACCGUGUAUAAAGCUGUCUGUGGCGGGUGUUUGCAAAUGAGCAGACUCAUUUGCCCAUUGACUCAUUUUCAUCCAUAUGGAAGACAUUUUCCUAAAACUAUAUUUUUGAAGCCAAGAAUAAUAAGAUCAUCUUAAUGUAUCAAAUGAUCAGGUGACUAUUAGAAGUAAAUAAUUAUCAUUUAUUUUUAUCUCCUGUGAUCAGAUUUUUCUGGCCCAGCUCUUUAAUAUAUAAGAGGAGAUUAAGUGUUCCUGCCCUCGUCACAGCCCCACUCAUGCCCUUGUGGUAACCUAGAUAUUUGUACGUACAGGGGAAGAAUUGUCUGCUUUUAGUAUUGAAUUGAAGCUUCAGUAUUUCUAACAUUGACUUCUCUGGACAUCUCACCGAGUAUGUGGAGGGAAGGCUGCUCUAGAGACAUGGAGAAAGAUGGAGUUGAAGCUCCCUGAGCUCUGCUACAAGCAUGUGCAGCUCAAGUGGAAAACCUAAGGAUUUCCUCUCUUGCCAGAGGUCCUUAAUCUUUGGAAUGCAGGUAUUUUUCUGUGGGCUUAAAGAGGAGACAUGCACUAUCAACUGACUGCUGGCUCUUAACCCAGACCUGAAGCAUUCUGGAGUCAUAGUUGGGCCGUUAGAGUAAGUUUCCUGGGAUUGGUGCUAAUGAACUGGACUGCAGUGCACACAUUCUGAAACUGUGCAAUUGGAAAGUGAGGUAGAAAAUACAGAACAUGAAAUGCUUUACUCCUUGAUAAUCCUUUUUUUUAUCAUUAGUAUUAUUUUAACAUACUUUCCCACUUUGAUUUUAUAUCCUUAGCAAAAGACAUUUGAUCCUCACUUCAGAAAUAAUGUCUUAGUACUUGGGUACCACGGCGAGAGAUAGAGCACAUGCCACUCUGCCACACUUCCUGCACACUGGGCACAGACCCUGAGAGGCACUUCCAGAAGCUGCUCUGAAAUGUCCUAUUAAGGCUGUUGUCCUGUGCCGUGUGUUUAAUGAAUUGUUUGUUGGGGUCGUUAAUGUCCUGACAUAGGGUUGUUUCAAGAACAGCAUCUAUCCAGACUUGAGGAGCAGCAAGGAAAGAGCCCUGAGUGACCCAGUUCAGACUGCAUUGCUGCAGCAGAGCUUGCAGUAUAUAAGACCUCAGAGGAAAACGAUGGCAGGGUGGGGAUGGUAUUGGUAGUUGUUCCUGGUCUGUCUACCAUGCCUGCCAAGCUUCCUUUCUCUUGCACUGUGGAAUCAAUCUCCCUACAUGUUCUCACAGGGGAUUUGGGGGAACUUAAAACCUGAUUCCUUAAAGCAGUUUGUGCAUUUCUGUGAAAUUUUAACAAUUAGAAGUAACAAAAGAAUUUCUAGGAUCUGUACUUGUAUACAGGAAAAACCCGUGGCAACUGAAACACAAGUUUUCAGCAAGAGGCCUGGCCCUUUUAGGACUCUGAUAUCCAGCCACAGCCAAGUGUUUUCACAGCCACUAGGGAUGUACCCCUCCCCUCACACACCACACACUGAUGUUAAUCUUCAGAGCUGGGUGAACAAGAGAAUCUGGGGUUGAUGGCAGCCUCCUGCAUGGUGCACUUCUGAAUUCCCUCCAGGGUCAAUUUAUAGGACCACAGAGGGUUGAUGGAGAGACCUUGGAAAAGUAGGAGUGGCACCAAAGUCUUGUGCUGUGCCUCUUCCAGCUUGAACUCCCCUGUGCUGCUGCUGGAGGAGGCAGUGGGCCCCUCUCAGUUGCAGCUACAGUAGCUGUUUCUGCAGGGGGAGGAAGAGUAGCCAUCAGAUUGCUACCCUGUAUUUAGAAAACUAGAGCAGGCUCCAUGGAGAACUUACAAGCUGCAGCACUGCUGUGUACCAGGUUCCAGGCCUGGGUUGUUUCUGUUACUCUAGCAAUGGAUAGCUUGUUAAUAGUUGGCAUUCAUACUGACUUCCUGAUAUGUUCACCCCCAGACUUGAAGCUGUCUCUGCUCCUACUAGAUCUGCCAGAAGCUGUCCUGAGUACCAGCAACAUUUAUGAACAAUAACACUGUUCUGCUUGUCCCUCUGGGAUCUAGCAAGUUUUUAAGAACAUCUGUGUGGAAGCAUAUAAGCUGAACCUAGCAAUAAGUUAACAAGUGAAUUGCAUUGAGAAAGUUUUGUUUUCUGUUUGUUUUGUUCUGCUUUUUGAGAUAGAGUCUCACUGUGCUACAUAGCUCUGUCUGCCCUAGAAUUCUUGUAGGCCAGGCUGCCAUUGACCUCAAAUAUCUGCCUGCCUCUGCCUCUAUAAUGUUGGGAAAGCUUUAAGGGUUAAUAAUUAUUAAGUCACUUGAUUGGUUAUAUUGGUGUCAAAUAAGGUACAGGUAGUGGAACACCGCCCUAGUCUGCGAGCCCUGUACCCCUAGCGGUGGCUAAAUGACCUGGGUUUGCUUGGCAGCUGGGGUUUCUGAAAUAGGACAGUCUCGGCUUCUGGUCAUCCCCUCCUACUUUACCUUCCCCAGGUGGCUCCCAGCGUUAGGAUGCAUUCAGAGCCAGGAAAGGAUAUGAUGAUAAACCUUUCUAAAGGUAAGCCUCGCGGGGCAGUGGUGGCUCACGCCUUUAAUCCCAGCAAUCUGGGAGGCAGAGGCAGGCGGAUUUCUGAGUUCGAGGCUAGCCUGGUCUACAGAGUGAGUUCCAGGACAGCCAGGGCUAUACAGAGAAACCCUGUCUUGAAAAAACCAAAUCCAAAAAACAAACAAAAAGGUAAGCCGUGUGGGUCUUCCUAGAAAAAAAACAGUGAGCAUCUCAUGGUAAGAGGGCCAAGAAACUCAGGACUGGCUGCCAGCUCCUUGCCACCACAGUGUCGGGUAUUCAUGCCGAGCUGAAGGGAGUGCACCCUCAGCCGUCAGUCAGAUACACAGAGCUCUCUGACCACAGCUAGGCUUGGCAGUCACUCAUGGUAUGGAGACUGCAAAGUCUCAACAGCCUUCCCUUCCCCUUGAAAGACACCCUGCAAGGUUCAAGAAAGUGGAUAGACUGGCUUUAGUUGUGGAGAAGCACCGGUGUCCCCUAAAGUGUCACACUUUAGAAUGUGCCUCAGACUGGCAUGGUUAAUUCUUUUCUGCUUUCUUGAAGCUAAGAAGUUCUUGAAAGUAAAUCUGCUUUGAGUCUGCUGCCAGCCUAAGUGCUCAGGAGGGACGAUGCCCUUAGAUGGAACUAAGCCACACUCACGGCAGCCUUGCUUCCAGCUGAGGCAGACAUGGCGGCUCUGUCCACGGAACAAGCAGGAGGCGGUGUUCUUGGAUCGCUUUUCCUAAAGGUCAUGUUUAUAUCUAGGGGAGACCCUGAUGCAGUCAGGGCUCUAGUCAUGAGUUUAUGUAGAGCCAGGUGGUGUGGUUCUCCAACAGGGCCUACGUAUUCCUCCUUCCUUGUGAUUAAGUGAAGUAGAAAAGAAAGCCAUGUACACCUGAAUUACACUGUAGGCUCACAAGAAAAAACGAGAUCCUGGGUUGAGUAGAUCACAUCUCAGUUCUAAAUCUCCACUUUAAGAUUAGAAGUUUUUAUCUCAAGGCUGAAGCUGUAACUUGGUGGCUAGAGAGAGCACUUGCCUAGCAUUCACGAGGCCUCGAGUUCCAUCCUCGGCACUUGGGGCGGGGUUACUGUUUACAUCACUACCAUGAAAUUCGGUUGUUUUCAUUAAGAAAAAUACUCUAAAAUAGAGUGGGUGAGGCAUGGUGGCACACCUGUGUUCCAAGAACUCAAGAGUGUGAGGCAGGAGGAUCAGGUUGAAGGCCAGCCUGGGCUUGGGGGAGAAAACCUGUCUCAGAAAACCAAUGCUCAGAUUGGGCAGCAUCACAGGUAGUGAUGACAUUGUGACAUUUUCAGACCAGGUCUGCAUUUGGCUGACGUGCUAGGGUGAGUACUGGUGUUCUCACUGUCUCUGUAAGGUACUCAUAUAAAAUCACACUCAAGUGUCCCAUGAACUGUGUCUUUUCCAAGGCUUUGUUUCCCAUUUGUAUUUUGAUACGACAUGGAUGUGAGCAUCACAUUUGUUUAAACAGAUGUCUGCUGUGUUUAGUGGUUGUACCUCUGUUUACCUGAUGCCUAUGUAAAGUCUGUGCUUCGCUUCGCUUUGAAUUGUAUGUUUACACCUUACUGUUUUUAAAUAAAGAGAAAAUUUUAAGGUUA